AUGCGUACCAAGCAUAACCCAACUUUGAAAUAUAUGGCCAAUGUGGUGGAUUUCGGGGAGCAUAGCAACAAUGAAAUCCAGCGGACAGUGCUCCCACGAACGGAAUCCGGUUAUAGUGACACGUUACUUAUUUUCGAUAAUUUUGUCACACUACAUCCACAGGCUAUAAUCCCGCCGGAUAUUAGAACUUGCAGGGCUUUCCUCGAGUGGGUUGCAAGAGGAAUGAACGGUCGGAUCCAAGAACGGCCUACAGUCGAAACGAUUCAAGGAUUCUUUAGGAAAUUCGCCACUGGUAUGAAGAGAAAAAGAAAAUUUGAAUUCCCACCAGCCACAAGGACAACAAUCAAUGAGUAUAUCGUGGGAGAAUUAAAGAUCAAGAUCCCUCUCUCAACCGAGCAAAUGAACAAAGAUGGCGGUGUGUCCCCAAAUGAUUUGACUAUAUUGAUGACUCAAUUAUGGUGUCGAGACCACCAUGAGUAUCGUGGGGACCCUGCCGACCGGGCCAGAGUUCAGCUAAGUGCCGCGAUGCUCCUAUAUUGCUUUACCUCUGCGCGCACAGGGGAGGUUCAUGAAUCAACCGCUCGGAGACACGGAGCACGGGAGAUCGGGGAGGAGAGCGACGACGCUGACUUAGAAGCCCGCGUGAUGGCUGCCUGUUAUAAGCAUUUUGAGCUCACUAUCGAGACUGUGGAUGGUAUGAUAAUGCUUGUACUUACCUACGAGCGUGAAUUUGUGAAAGGCUAUUGGCGAAAGACAAAAUGGGAGAUCCCAAAGCAUGCAUUCUACGAAGUAUAUGCCGAGGAUAUGCCUAUAUUUCUAAACUUUUUGACAUUCUUUUUGCCGAUGGCCGUCGCAGAUAAAGCUUUCAGAGAUUACGGUUCAGUGAGAGAGAUCCUAGAUGCUGUCGACUUAUAUGAGAAAGUCGGUCACUCCGAGGAUAAGAUCCUUGAGGUGAUCUGUGUCCGGGAAGAGAUGAGAAAUCUACCGGUUUUCCGGCAAUAUCUUGAGCACCACGUGGAAAGCUCUAAAGGUAAUGCCAGGGGGGCAGAUUCCUUUGGCAAGGCCUUGGAAGCAGAUAAGAAGUAUUCCGAAUCUGCAAGAAUGAAGUUCGCUGGGCAAACCAACCGGAACACAUACGGAAAGUCGUACGCACAUCCUCUUAGUGAGGUUGAUGGACCAGCAAACUACCUCGGAAUUGCUAGCCGACAAGAGCAUAUCCAGAACCGGCGGGGAAUGGGUCUUUACCGCAAUUCCGCUUUAUCACAGCUCCUUCCUGCCAAAGCCGAGUUUGAGUUUCUUGCCCGAGAAGAUAUUCACGCACUUGACCAAACUAUGGCAAAGUUGAGCUCGCUACUCUUAAACGCCUUACCAGAAGAAAAACACGAAAUUCGACUGAAGCAAAAACGGGCGUAUAGUGAAAAGCGGAGCCUUUAUAAUGAAGAGCUCCGAAAGGUCCAGGCGCAAUCAGGGAAGCAACAUGGAAGUAUUUACACAGAGACCAUGUUCCAUUAUAGGAGGAAGGUAAUGCCCCAUAGAGACUUCUUGGCUCAGAAAUUGCCUUAUUCAAGGAUCACCGAAAAUGGUUACAUCUCUACCGUUGCUACUCAAGGCAUUACAGAACCACGCACGGGUGCCAAGGGAAAGAAACCGGCAAAGAGAAUGUUACAAUUCGUCCUCUCACCACCAAAGUGGCACUCCCAUAUUGAAGAUCAUUUGAAAGAACUCAAGCUUGAUUUCGACUGCAAGCAUCCAGCGUGUACCACGCACUUUGAAAGCCUAGAGGAGCUUACCUAUCAUCUCGUUGACACGCAUUGUUGGCGCCCUAGGCGGCAAUCGCCCAAGAAACGAAAGUGGGCAGACUAA